AUGGACCCUAUUUCGGCCUUUGGACUUGCGGUCAACAUUCUUACCGUUAUCGACCUAUCGGUGAAGGUUAUCUCGACUGCCUCUGAGAUCCGGAGCUACGGCGAAUCAAUCACAACUAGGGACCGGGCUGUAGUGGCGCAACAUUUCGAGUCUCGUUGUGAGAAGCUCAUCGAGUCAACCAAGGCAUCGUCCAUACAUUCGGAUCUCCAAAAUCAUGCUGUCAUUUCCAAUGACGAUGAUGGGGCAUUACACCAACUCGCAGAAGAAGCCAAGGCUAUCGCUAGGGAUAUCCAACAUGGCCUUUUCAGGCGACAGACAGGUCAAACACUGUUGAAAAGUCUUCGUGACGCUGUUUCAAGUGUCUGGGGGGAGCGCGAGAUGAAAGAAAAGACACAGCGACUCAAGGAAAUGCGGUCUGAGAUUCAGUCUGGAUUGAUGGUGUCCAUCAAGGCCAGUAUCGACGCUGCCGGUUUCCGAUGGAACGAAAUGUCGCAGAAUGUCGAUGACUCUACUCAGCACAUUAUCGGAACUCUCUUAUCAGACAACGACACCAUCCGGUCUGACAUGGAACGACGCGUUGAGGAACUCAACCAGGAGGUUAUAAGCCAUUUUGAUCUCGCCUCACAUUUGGCUAGUCAGCGCCAUGAUGAACUUCUCAAUGCCAUAGCUGGGGGCAGUGGCUUGGCUACGAGCGCAGUUUCGGAAAAUCCAGCUAAGAUUACCGAUCGUAUACUGGGAAAACUCUGGUUCACGACAAUCGACGACAGCCCACAAGAAAACCUGUGA